UCUGUGCGGCGCGUGUAUCGACGUCAGUCGCGAGCGUAGCGCGUAUUAUCACGAGCGUGCGCGCGGUGCAGCAGCCUCUCCAUCGUCUGUGUUUGUGUCAACUAUAUCGUUACGAUUGUCUUUUUUGUUUGUUCUGUUUAAUUUCCGUAAAAAUGAAGGGUUUUUACAAAUUUUCGCUGCUCGUUCUCAGCGCUGGCUGCUGCUGCUUGCUGCACCUGCCCGCUUGCGCGCUGGCCAAGUGCCUCAUGCAGUCGGGCAAGAUCGGCGUCGACAACUUGGCCUCGAAUCUCGUGCUCGGCCCGCUGGUCUACCAGUACGGGCCCGCGUCGGGCGCCGCCGAGUUCCGCUACCCGGAGACGGGCGACCGCUGCAUCUAUCGCCACGACGGGCCCUGGCUGCACUUCGCCUGUCCGGGCAGCUCCAUCGACUACCACAUCGGCUCCAAGUUUCUGCGCAGCGAGGCCAGCACGAGCUACCUCUACUACAAGGACAAUCCGUACGGGCUGAGGAUACACAAUCACAGCUUCGACGACGUGCACUUUCAGAGCGACUGCUAUCCGGUGUGCCGGCUGGCGCCCGAGCCCCUCAUGAUCGACGUGUCGCGCGGCCAGAGGCGCAACUUCUCCGUGGGCUACUACGUCAACGCCCUCGACUUUUUGGAGGUGCUGCGCGUGCGCAGGCAUCUGGGCAACGACCUGUCGGUGGCCGCCACAGUGGUGCCCGCCCUGGCCGAGGCACCGCGACUGCCCCACCCGCCCAAGUUUCAGCGGGGCGCCAUAUUCGCCGAGACGAAGAUUAAGUUUUCCGAAAUUUAUAGUCUCGAUUAUCAGAGAAAGAUAUUUAAGAACGUUUGGACGAACGAUACAGUGAUGGAUCAAUACUUAAAUGAGAAUAAUCAUUUAGUGAUGACGCAGAUGAUAAGCGACGACGACCUGUACUACAUGACCCAGCAGAAGGCGGCCUACUACUACGAGAACACGCUGCCCAUGUGGCUGAGCAUAGCCCGGGGCAAUUGGCGCCUGAUCUCGCGACUGAUUCGCGAGCUGGCCGACUCGACGGAUCGCGCGCUGCGCGUCAAGGUGACGCCCACCGGGGCGCUGCGCAUGAACGGCAGCCGCCGCGGCGAGCCCGUGAUGAUGGGCCGCAGUCUGGCCAGCAGCGAGACCCUCGUGGUGCCCCAGACCGUGGACAAGUACGUGAUCGAUCCGCAGCUGCCCCAGCGCCGGGGCCUCGUCUAUCGCGUGCUGAACGACCCGUGGCCGAGCGAGGACGUGAUCGCCCGGGCCCACGAGGGCUGCGACCUCGUCGAGGAGUGCCAGCUGAGGCAGCCUCUGUUCAAGGAUCGAGCCAGGGGCUACGUGAUCUGCUGCCGAGUCGACAUGGCCGACCUGGAGAUUUUACCGGACUGAUAUGUGUGUGUGUUUGUGUGUUUGUGACGUGUGUUUAAACGCGGACCAUUUCGUGUGUGUUUUUUUUUUAAUCUUAUUUUCGUGAAGUUUUAAACGAUUGAUUGAUUGUAACGAUUAAGCAUUUGUUUCGAUAAGUGCCACUGUGAUGUACUAAUAUAAUUUUUUAUAUUGUCGAGUUGUAUUUUAUGUAUGAGUUUAAGUGCGUUAUCGAGCACCAACGUGAAUACAAACGACUUGGCGAGUUCUUUUUAGUAUACAAUAACGUCAGCACUCGACUCCUCCUUGAUCCUUGAAUUAAAGAUGUCCUAGAUAUGUACACUGUGUCGUAUAUAUGUAUAAAUAAACUAGACGACAUUCGUUUGUCUACUUUAACACUGUA